AUGGCUGCUUCAAGAAGCACAUCUCAGCUCGCGCUCCGCCUCGCCUGUCGACGAAACCAUCAACUCCGCCACCGCCAAAUCCCACUCCCUCCUACCGCACGACCCUUCACAACAACCCACUCCCUCAAAGCCGUCCGAGACAACAGCACAAUAGACUUCGCCUACCUCCCCUCAGCAAACGUAGACCCCUACGUCGAACCCCCCCUCCGAGUCCCCAUAAUCUUCACAGGCUCCACAACAACCACAACCUCGCACCCCGAGCUAUCGCAAACCGCUACGACAGAACAAGUCAUGAAGCCCGAAAUCAGCACCAUGUCUGCCGACGCGGUCUUCACUCCUCUAGCGGAUUUGAGCGACGGGCAUGGACUGAAUAUUGAUUUCCAUGCGAUGGCGGAUCGGGUUGCGGCGGGGUUGAAGAAGAUUAAGGAUCGCGAGGUGCCUGCUGAGGAGCAGGCGAGUUUGAUGAAGCAGCUUUGGAAUGAUAUGGUGGAUGAUAUGCUUGGGGGGAGGAAGAAGGGCGGGCCGCGGUAG